AUGUCGGACAGGUUCGCCACCCAUUCGGGCGUUCGCUCGGUGAACGCCGGGUUGGAUAUAAACAUGCCGGGUCCCAUUGUAGCUGAUGAUCCGACGAGCUCCUACUUCGGGGCAGAUCUGACGAGCGCAGUCCAAAACGGCAGUGUUUUGGAGGCUCGUUUGGACGACAUUGUCAGGCGUGUGCUCAUCCCAUACUACCUUCUACAUCAGGAUGAGCCUGCGUACCCUACCCCCGAUCCAUCGGAUAUGUACGUCCUUGCUAAGUCCUACGGCGUUGACCUGGGAUUAUCUGAGCACCCGCCUGGUCGUGAUCUCCGCGCGGAUCAUUUACAGCUGAUCCCCACCAUUGGCGCGGUAGGUACAGUGCUGCUGAAGAACAUAAACAAGACUCUUCCACUAAACAAGAUGAAAGUCAAUAUCGACACCACUCCGGCUCGCAUUACGUCAGCGAAGGGCCCUAUGUAG